GGCCGGGGCUGCUUGCUGCUCUGGCUGCUCCCCUCCGUGCUCAAAGCCCAGGCGGGUGGGGAAGGGAGGCCCAGGCCCCUGCCGUGCCAGCAGAGCCCCACGAGGGUGUCCUGCAAAGGCRUCGGCCUGCACAAGCUUCCCAAGGAGCUCGGCCCAGGCGUUAAGCACCUCGAGCUCUCCAACAACUUCAUCCGAACCCUGUCAGAGACCUCCAGGCCCUGGUCCGGGCAGCUCGAGUACCUGGACAUCUGCUUCAACCAGCUGGAGACCGUGUCCGARGCGGCCCUGGCUCAGCUGCCCCGGCUUCGCGCUCUGCUCCUGGGAUCAAACCACCUCGACCGCAAUUACGUGGCCAAYGGCAGGGCCUUCAGGCUGCUCAGGAGCAUCGAGGUCCUGGACCUGUCGGCGAAUAACUUGGAGAGCCACAUGGCAGGCUGGUACGUGAGCAACCUCACCACGCUGCGGCGGCUCGACCUGUCCGGGAACAGGAUGACGAGGCUGCCGGGCGGCCUCUUCGGGAGCGCGCGCGCGCUGCGCGAGCUCGACCUCAGCCACAACUACAUCAUGCACAUCGAGGAGGGCGCCUUCGGGGCUCUGCGGCACCUGCGCGCGCUGGACUUGGCGCUGAACUCGCUGCGCUGCAUCUCCGGCUUCACGCUGACGCCGCUGCGCGUGCUCAACCUGAGCUACAACGCGCUGGAGCUCUUUGCGGUGCCGCAGGAGGGAGAGCGGCGCUACCUGCUCCAGGUGCUCGACCUCAGCCACAACCGACUGCUCCGCUUCCCRGAGCUGCCCGGCGCGCACCGCCUCACCCACCUGAACCUCUCCAGCAACGCUAUWGCUUCGCUGGCGCCGCCGGCCCGGCGCCCGGCAGACCUUGUGCUGCAGCGGGCUGAGGCGGCGAGGCGCAGGAACGCGACGGGGAAUCCUGCGGCGAACCUGAGCCGCGUAGCCGACUURGAUCUCAGCAAUAACCAGCUGCAGCAGCUGCCACUGGCUUUCUUCCGCCRUCUGACCUCCCUGCGCAGUCUCGACGUGUCCAUGAAUUGUCUCCAGGAUGUGACCAGGGAGGCGCUCGCAGGUGACAACUCACUCGGGCCCCAGGAGCUCGUGUUGCUGCCCGUGCGCUCAGUGGAUCUCCACGGCAAUUUCAUUCACUCRCUGCCACGUUGGUUUUUUGACUUCCUGCCUCAUUUGGAAUCCAUCGAUCUUGGUUCCAACAGCCUCCAACCUUGCGAGGGCCGGGAAACGGGCAAAGGGGAGAUUGCAGGAGGGGCCUCUCGUGCAGCCGCCCCAGGAGGCACCUGCACUGCCUUCUAUAACAUACUUGGCUUGAAGCACCUGAGCCUUCGUAAGAAUAACAUUGCAAGGCUCUAUCCCUACACGUUCAACCAGACUCCUCUGGUCUCACUGGAUCUGUCUGAGAACRCGGAUUUGUUCAUGCCCAAGGAAGCUCUGGAGGGGCUGGAAUUCUCCUUGCAAAGACUCUCGCUGAGGGGAAACCAAAUGCAUGACGGCCAGGCAGAAUUCCCCUGCCUGGACUCGCUGAAAGCUUUGGACCUAUCCAGCAACAACUUGAGCCUUCUUCCCACGGGUCUUCUGUGUUCGCCCCUGGAAAGCCUGGACCUUCGCAGUAACAGCCUGGUGGCCCUUGCGGAGCCGGCCGUGGUGCGCUGGGCCCGCAGCCUCAGGCUGCUGUGGGUGGCUGGAAACCCGCUGAGCUGCUGCGCGCUGGGCUGGCUGGACGCGCUGCGGGCGGCCGGCGCGGCCGUGCGCGACCUCCGCRACGCCCUCUGCUCCUACCCAGAUAGCGGCAGCAACGUCUCCGUCCCGAUAAGCAGCAGCCCUCGGUGGCUUUGCCCACAUCCCGAGGGAAACGGCGCUCUGCCCGUGCUCGUGGGAGUCCUCAGCCUUCUGCUGCUCGGCUACGGGGCCUGGUGCCUGCUGAAGAAAGGGCAGAAGCUGCCCGCGUGUCCAGGUGGCAGGAGCAAUAGGGUGGAUGCCCAACCGUGCCGCCCGGAGCGGGAAAAGGCUGCGGUGAGGCCGGCACACAGCGUGACCAAAGUGUAG